UAGUUAACUAAUCUUGCCUUCCUUCCUGCCUUCCUUCCCAGCCUCUUGAACUCUCACUCCCCGUCCUUCUUGUCUUUUGAACGCCACUUCUCGCUCUCCUUUCUUGUUGCUUCUGCGAGGGGCUAUGGAAUGCCGGCUGUUGGAAUUUCUCGCACCGCUUAUGUUUCUGCAGAUCACAUUCGAGCCUCGUUCUCUGCCUUUCCGGAACGGGGAUGCCGGAGGUCGAUGCGGGAGUUUAAACAAGUAAUUCGGUAUUUCUCAAUUCUAUCCAGCUAUCUGAAGAGUAUGGUCAUGGAUUCUAGACACGUUCGCUACAAGCGUGUAAUACCGAAGGAGUUCCGUCUGCCAUUCACUUCGGAGGACGGUUCUGCAGGAUGGACAUGCUUUACAUAUACUAUUCGAUUUCUAAAUUUCAAGGCAGGAACGGAUCCAAUACAGCAGUCAGCCUCCGAAUUUCUACUUUUAUCUCCCCAACUGCUUGACGAAGAGGUGUCGAGUAUUAGUGUGCAUCUUAAUCUUCCAGCCUUCGCUGCAGUGGACUCCAAGUUAAACUACUGCGGAGUGUUAAAUGUUAGCCCUGAGAAAGUGGAGACUGUGAAGAAGUUUAACAUCUGGUUAUUUCAUUUAGCAAUGGGAAAGUGCUUCGCCUUACCGAAAGUGUCCGGCGAAGGAAAAAAGAAUUACUAUGUUUUACCUUGCAAGCCUAUCACAGGUGACACGGUUCCAAGCCCAGAAGAGCUGGUUGAUUGGCAUGUCGUGGAGAUAGCGAUUACUUCGAGCUUACUGUACAGAAGAAAAGUACCUUUUUUCGGAGGAUACGCUACUCUAGACUGUCAAAAUACUCAAAGUAACGAAGCACUCGAUGGUGGUGGGCUGAGGAUGCGGAACGGCAUAUUUCAGGAGCAUGACCUCGAGGAUGCAGUUGUUACAUGUGCUAACAAUGGUUUACCUUGCUUCGUUUCUGGUAUCUUGCACGAUCUUUCGGGCAGCAGUUUUUGUUCUCAAUCUGCCGGACGCAAACAGAUCAGCUAUUCGGAUUACUACUUUCAUGAGUGCAAAUACAAACUAGAAUACCCCGACCAGCCUCUCCUUAAAGGAUAUCGACUGGUACGAGCUGGCAACUACGUACGGCGAACAUCUGCAGUAUCAAAUGGUGAUUCGGUGAAGCCAUGGGAAACAAUGGAGCUUCCGCCUGAAGUUUGCAUACUGCAUGUGGGGCUAAAAGGGAAGCUUUGCAGGGGGGGUAUGCGUCUUCCAUCUAUACUUCACAGUUUAGAAAUGUCACUGGUGGCUGCGGAGCUUCGAAACAACAUAGGUUCCCCUCUGUCCUGUUUUAAGGUCCAGGAAGCAUUGACAUCGGGGGCAUGUGAAGGGAACCACUCAUACGAGACUCUGGAACUUUUGGGGGACAGUGUUCUCAAUUUUAUUGGAGGCGUCCACAUGUACAUUGAUUUCCCUUCUUGUACCAGCGAGUUGCUUCAUUCAUACCGUCAUGAUUUAGUCAGUAACAGGAAUUUGUACAAGUGUGGACUUGCUUGUGGACUUCCUGGAUACAUCUUUGCUGAACUGCUAAAUACCAAGACGUGGGUGCCACCGGGUCCAGCUCUGGAAGACCUCCCUCAAAAAUCGCCUGAUGGGCAAGUCAUUGGACUCAAAACCCUUGCGGAUGUCGUUGAGGCCCUGAUAGGGGUUACGUUUUUACAUGGAGACUUAAACUCUGCAGUGAAGACAAUGGUUUGGCUGCAAGUGCCAAUUCCUUUUCCUGAAAAAAUUCCUGAAGUGAUUAUUGCUGACAUACAGGAGCUAAUGGAAGCUAGGAAUACUUUCAAAGAUCAUGACAUAGUAACACUUGAGAAAAAAAUUGGUUACCAGUUUAAAUGCAAAAGUCUUUUGCUAUCAGCUUUUGAUUAUGGUGACGAAGUCACCUUCACACAGAGCGGUGUACCAAGAGGAAGUUUUCAGUUUCAGAGGCUAGAAUUCCUAGGAGAUUCCGUUCUUGAUUUCUUGAUUAUGCGGCACUUUGUGCAGCUUUACUCUGCAUUUAAUCCGGAGCAGCUGAAUGAUUUGCGACAGGCAACUGUGAACAGUGAAAACUUUGCAUGCACUGCGAUUCGUCACGGAUUUCAUCAUUACUUAAAGAGGAUGUCCCCUAUAUUACGGGACGAAAUUGAAUUGUACGCAGCUUCAGUUCAUAGGGAAGGUGGCAGCCCUUUUGGUAUACCAAGUCGAGCAUCUCCCAAAGCUAUUGGGGAUUUGAUGCAGACCUUGGCUGGUUCUAUACUACUCGACUCAAAUUUUGAUCAUGACCUCGUCUGGAAGGUACUUAAACCAUUGCUUAGUCCCCUCGCCACACCUAAGACAGUGAUGCGACAUCCACGACGCCUGUUAGAGGCAUUGUGCCACAAGCAAGACCUCAAGCUGGAGUUGCAAACUAUUCAGCUGGAAGGAGCUGUGGAAGCUAGGGUUUAUAUAAACCAAAUUUGUGUUGCCAACUCUAAGCAUUAUGAACCUACUGUUGCAAGACGGCUUGCCGCAUUCACGGCUUUUCGAUCAUUGUCACCAAAGAGAAAUGGUCUUAUGUAUCUCGACUCUGUGGACUAAACUUUCGGUGAUAAUGUCCGCUUCAAUUUUGAACUAUUGUGAAUCGUAAGUGAUCUGGUUUAUGUUGCUCAAGAAGUCACUGCUUCGAACAUCAUCUCUCAGAUAUUUAGGUUCGUGUCAACUUUACAGCUCAGACUAAGACAGUGUCUUGCAGAAGAUCACGGAGUUGGGGCUCCGAAAACGGCUAGAACACAUGGAACUGGAGCAAGGUUCCCUCAAUGUACAGUUCCAGCCUGCAUCCAACUAAGUUUCUAGACACAGCUGGCACGAACCCCACUCUUACGCUUCAAAGCGUCGUAUCAAAUUUCUGUUUGUUCGGAACAUGAUUUACAAUUUGAAUUCUUCCUAUUUCAUGGACUUUGAUGCUGUUCUUACACAAGAAGUUGUUUUGCAGUUUAAUCACAGGGAAACAGGCUUCUCCAAUUUUAGUUCCUUCAAUUUUGUCAAUUAUAUCGAUGCUGACGUUUUUCACAAGACCUUGGCCACUUGGUGGAGAAGGGGAUUCUGAUUACUAGGUGUAUGCCUUUACGGCGAACAAUCUGUCUGGAGAGGCACCAUGACUAAAACAAUGAAACACAUCACAUGAUCGUUUAAUUUCUAGCUGCAAAUCUUAACCACGCUUGAUGGAUUUCGACAUAAACAGGUUUCAAACAAAUAUAAAUAAAUAAGUAUUAUGUUCAAUAUAUGUACACUUUUAAAA